AUGCCCAAUAUUAUCGAGGGGCUUGGACUCAAGGCAUCUCCACGUACCCCCAUGAGAUUCGACGUUGUCGGCUUUACACCACACAGAAGUCUUGAGGCCGCUGGAGAUAUAAUGCCAGAGAUCUUGGUGGUUGGCUGGUUAGCCGCAAACGAGGAAUUAGCGCGGUCGCCGGACACUAUAGAGCAUACCGGGAGGCACCAUAGAGCUUUCACCCAUGAGUAA